GCGAUACCCAAUGCACUAAUGUUCUUUCGUAGGAUAACCUUCAGGCGACUCAACAGCAGCUGGGCAAAGUCAAGAAUGAGCUGCAAGCCUCGCAGGCCAAGGUGGAGCGAGAUGGGCUUCUCUUGGCGGAAGCGCGCGCGGAGGCACAACAGCAGCUGUUGGCAGCGGCUGCAGUGCAGCAGGGCGACAAGGAGGCCUGGGCUAAGGAGCGUGAGGAGGCGGCGGGGCGUCUGGCGUCUGUUCGGGCGGAAUGCGCAGCGGAGGUAGCAGCACUGCAGGAGCAGGCUAGUGCACAGCAGGCGGAGGCCAAGGCGCAUGAAUCCAAGCUGAAGGCCGCCCUGACGGACAAGGAGGUAGAGUGGCAUCGGGCGCUUGAAGAGAAGGAUGCAGAGUGGCGCCAGCGGCUCGAACACAUGACAGCAGCUACGCAGGCGGCCCUGACAGCUCAAGAUGAGAAGUGGCGCCAGCUGCUUGAGGACAAGGCGGCGGCGGCGCUGGCUGCUGAGGCGGCGAAGGAAGCAGCAGAGCAGCAGUGGCAGCAGAAGCUCCACGUCAAGGGCACGCAGGAAGCGGAUAUGGCUCGGCAGCUUGCUGACAAGGAGGUGGCGCGCCAGCAGGCGCUCGAGGAUAGGGCGGCUGCGGCUGCAGCUGCUGCAGUUGCCGUGAAGGAGGCGGAGCAGCUGCGAUUGGAGCUGCAGCGUGAGGUGAACGCCAGCAAGGCCGCUAUGGCGGACUCCGGUCGGGCGUUGGAAGCUGAGAGGGCACACCACACCAAG